CCAAUCAACUACUCUCAACAAACUUCAUUCCAGCCAAUCCGCGGUGUCUGAGGGCGGGGUGUACGUCAUCGAGAGAAACGCUCCAGUCAGGUAUGUGGAGUCGUUUUGCACAACAUGGACUCAGGUAGUCUAAUUAGCUGAGUUAGUUUACAGAACAUGGGAUCAAUUAAAAGGAUACGUGGGACAUUUUCCACUAAGUUAUUUGCCCUCUCCUUUCAGUAUCUGUUGUCGGGUAGUGUAAUAGUCACUAAGUGAGAUAUUAUCCGCGGUGUUCUCUGCCUAAAAUGUGUGGUAAGUACUUUAUUUGUUAUUUCAGUCAACACACUGUACAGUACACUGUCUUUGUUGUCGCAGGUUGGAGGUAUUGUCGCGCAAUUAAUAUUGAACCAGUAGUAGCACAUUUGCGUGUUAAAUUGGACGCAAACAAACCUAAUAUAAUGCAUUUUAUCACAUAUAUUUCAAUGCUGGCUGUAAAAAUGUACCUUUUGAUUCUGUCGCAACUUUGCACGCUCUUUAGCGGCUCUGUCCCGGGUGCUGAUGCACUUGACGGUACGGCUGGGGGAACCCCAAGAUGACGCCAUGAGGACUUAGUGCUAUCUCGGGCUAAGUUUAGUGACAUGUAACCAUGGUAUCGACACCAUGUGACAUCCCGACUCUUAAGUGGGUCAAGUCCGAGCUGAAUAAACCCAUUAAAUCCUGUUUCUAACCUCACCUGCAGCAGUGUAUUUGUUGCGAUGUGAGUUGAUUUGCGGAGAACUUGAUUAAGAUUAAGACACUGGAUACUCUACAGUGCAGAGUUUUUUGUUCUUUAUGCAUUCCCGUACUUGUGUACUUGAUGUGUUUGUUUACACCCAAACUGUUGGUGCUGCUUUGAGACUCAGACAGGUGAGAGAGAUGCACCAUGGGCAGGAAUGGACCAGAGUGUGACUCCUGGAAGCCAAAGAGUCAGCUACCAUGUCAAAAAGCAACCUGCACCGGUGAGUUGGAUUAUCUACCAGCAGCCUACUGAAAAUAGCUCAUGUAAUCGCGAUCCUCUGUUCAUCUGAGUGUGAACGUAAUAUAGUUUCAGUAUGCAGGGAACACAGAGGACAAGUUGCCUGAGGAUCCCCUUCCUUCUGCUGUAUGCUGCCGUAGACUCCUCCACCUGGAGCUGAGCCCCCCCCGGUGGAGUGUGUGUGUGUGUGUGAAAGGGGACCCCGCCAACCUCCAUGGCUCAUUCUUCAGACCCAUCCCGCAGGGAGAAGACCCCCGGGACCCAGGGGUCACAUACGGCUACGCGCAACCUCUUGCGGAAGAAGGAGCAGCGCCGGCGUGGAAUCCGAUCCUCCUCACCCAUGGGCCGGGUCAUCCUCAUCAACUCUCCUGUGGAUGGUGGAGAUGACAGCGAGGACCUCCACACGAUCACAGUGGAUAAGAGUGUGGAUGGGAAGCUCGGCUUCAGCGUGCGCGGAGGCUCAGAGCAUGGCCUCAGCAUCUUUGUCAGCAAGGUGGAGGACGACAGCACGGCAGAGGAAGCAGGCCUGCUCGUAGGUGAUAAACUAGUGGAGGUGAACGGCAUCAGCCUGGAGAGCAUCACCAUGAGCAGCGCUGUGAAGGUCCUGACAGGAAACAACCGGCUGAGGAUGGUGGUGAGACGUGUCGGCAAAGUCCCCGGCAUCCGCUACUCCAAGGAGAAGACUACCUGGGUGGACUUGAUACACAGGCGUAUGGUGGUGGAGGAGAGCGGGAGGACACCUUCAGAUGCCAGCUCAGGCAGCGCCCUUCAAAGGAUUGUCCACCUGUACACCACCUCAGAUGACUACUGCCUCGGCUUUAACAUCCGUGGGGGAAAGGAGUUUGGUCUGGGCAUCUACGUCUCCAAACUGGAUCCUGGUGGUCUGGCUGAGCAGAAUGGAAUAAAGAUGGGGGAUCAGAUCCUGGCUGCCAAUGGAGUGAGCUUUGAGGACAUCAGCCACAGUAGUGCUGUGGAGGUGCUGAAGAGCCACACACACAUCAUGUUGACCAUCAAGGAAGCAGGACGAUACCCUGCUUAUAAGGAGAUGGUGGCAGAAUACAGAUGGCUCAAUAAGCUGGCCAAUGGUACUCAGAAAUCUUCCUCCCAGGGUUCAGACUCCAACUCCUCAGCCUCCUCUCUGUCGUCCGGGACUCCGGUCAGCUCUCUGAGCGGCCUGUCUCAGGUUAUGUUCCCCCCCAGCCUGCCGUUUGGCUCAGACAUGGUGGACGUCUCUAUCUCCACUGAAGACCAGAGGUCUGAGUCAGAGCGAACCGAGACUGCCAUCCAGACGGACCUGCCCUCUCAGAGGACGGGUGCAGACACCACUCGCAGCCUGGGACCCACCACUCUGCUCAAAGACACCAUGAUUCGCGGAGAAGACGACGGGGGGAGGAAAGAGUCACCCAAAACCGCCAUGCUGCUGGCUCUCAGCAGGCCGAGCCGGCCAAUCAGCAGGUCUCAGAGCCAAGUCACCGUGGCAGAGAUCAAGCAGAAGAAAGAGAAGAAGCAGAAGGGGAAGGACCCAGAGGAGAAGAGCACCCUGCAGCGCUCAAAGACCUUUGUUAACUUGCUGUUCAAGGGUGGACGCAAGAGGGACACUUCCAGGGGGCGCUCCAAGUCCCCGGCCACAGACAGGGCCGGCAAAGAAGGACGACAGCACAGUCCAAUGCCAAAUUCAGAGAUGCUCGGAGUGGUGGAGGACAUGGCCCGUAGGCUGCUGACUGAGGAGGAGGUCGCUGCUGUGAUGAAGACGUGCCGACGGUACAUAGCAGAGCGGUCAGUGGAGAACUUGAUACGCCACCUGCUGGCCGUGCUGGACCGGCCUGAAAAGCUGCUGCUGCUGAGAGAAGUCCGAAUGCUGCUCCCUCCUUCUGACCUGAGUGUAUUCAAUAACACGGUGACUCCUAUUGAAGUCGAUGCCUACGAUAUCCUCAAAUACCGUUCACUUCGAACUCCUCCUCUUCGCUCUCCGAUGUCUGGUCGAGCACCAAAACGACGCCUCAUCACUCCCAUCCCAGAUUACAGAGGAGGUUUUGAGCUGCACAGUGCUGAGGAGGUGGAGAAGGAGAGCCACCUACUGGAGGAGCUGGAGAAGCUCAGUCUGUCUGGACCACGUGCGUCCAGGGAGAGGCCCCACACCUCCAGAUCCUUCACUCCACUGUUGGACAUACCAGUAGACGGAUACAGCUCAGAAUCCAGAGACCUCAGACCCCCCUCUGCCAGUCCCAUGCUCCCUAACUGGCUGCUGGCCCACAGCAGUGACCCCCGCCCCCCUCUCCGAACGGACAUUGGCACCAUUCGCUCCGUGCACUUUGACGAGGUUUCGCUGCACUCGACUUCAGACAGGGUGGACACAGAAAGAGGACGGUCCCCGUUCAGGAACGGCCACUCUAAAGUCAGAAAGGAGAAGAGUGGAGACAGGAGUAAAGACACAGUGUUCACAGCUACAGAGGCUGCUCGCAGGAGUCGGCCCUUGUUGUCGCAGGUGUUUGGUUCGAGUCCAGAUCAGCAAGUCAGGAGCGAACAGAUGAACGGCCACCAGGCAUCCUCUGAGAACGGACUCGGUGGCUCUGACCGUGAACAGGAGUACGAGCUCAAAACUGUCAGCAUCUCCAAGACCAAGCAGUCACUGGGCAUCAGUAUAUCUGGUGGGAUGGAGUCAAAGAUUCAGCCUGUGGUGAAGAUCGAGAAGAUCUUUCCUGGAGGAGCCGCCUCCACCUGUGAAGUGCUCAAGGCUGGGUUUGAGUUGGUGUCUGUGGACGGAGUCUCCCUGCAAGGAGUCACCCAUCAGCAUGCUGUCGAUAUCAUCCGAAAAGCCUUCAGCAACAAGGCCAAAGACCCCAUGGUGUUUGUGGUCAAAGUCCCCAAAAACAUUCAAGACUGACAGAGAUGCUCAUCAUUGUGACUUUAGAUUACUAACAACGCCUCUGGGAUUUAACACGGGGGGACACAGGAGGACUGACUGGGCUCUGAGGUCAGGUAUGCGAUUUUAUUGCCACUUAUGUUGAUGCUGGGACUGAUGACAUGGACACUGGAACUUUUUGAGCUGACAAAAAUGGAUUAAGGCAGCAGGUCAUGGGACUCCAGGAAGUUUCAAGCAAAUUAAGACCAUGACUAUAUGAGAGGAAAGACAGUUGAAGCAUAAGAUAUUUCCACAAAGCCUGAAUCAUGAAAAAUGCUCCUGAUGCCUUAAUGUGUCACUUUAUCACAACCCAGGAGCCAAAGCCUGUCAAGAACAUGAUUUUCUUUUUACAUUUUAUGUUGUUUUAACAUCCACCAGUGUAAAAACUGUCAAAAAAUACAGAAGUAGAUAUGUCAUGGAUCAGCAGUGUAUGUCUGUGCUCCUGAAUUUUUAAAUAUACAGAAUGACAAACUGUAACCUGAGUGCCUUUAAAAAGCCCCUGUGGACUGAGCAAGUAAAAUAGUCUGAACUCCAUGUUGUUGAAUUGGCUUGCAAUGAGAUAUCUGACCUGCAGAGGGCAGGUGUGAGCUGUGUGACUUUCUGACUUGAGAGGAAGUUGUAUUGAGUUGAACAAAUCUCCAUGUACCACAGACAGCGAUUAAAUUUAGUCUUUUUUUUAAUGAAAAACAUAGUAGGUUUGUUCAAGAAAUGUACAGCAUGAAAAUAUACAUUUAAUGUCUUCAUACAAAUAUUGUGGAUUAUAAAAUUAUACUGAGGAACUAAACAUCCACACAAACAUUAAUAUACAGGCAACUGUAUCUGUACUGUAGGAGCAAAAUAGAAUGUGUGUGACAUUGCUUUGGUCUAUUCACAGUGGCUAUGUUUUUAUUUAUUUGAGAUGGACAGACAUCUCUGGAAGAAAACUUUAUACUUAGUGAUUUGUCAGGGUUAUUUACAGAGGAUACAUUAAUCAGCAGUGACAGAGGAACAAAAAAUGUCCUCUUGUAGCGUAGGGAAGUAAAUAUAUAUGAAACAGAUCCUCUACUUUUUAAAAGGUUGUCACGUCAGGGUCCAAGUAGUUUGACUUUACACCAAAACACCCAUCAUUCAGUGCAUGAUUUCCCUAAUUCAGUGACACAAAUCACCCACACAUUUAACCACCUCGUUGAGAGAGUGGUGCUGAAGUAUUUUCUUUAAUUAUCAGAUAUAUAAGAGCCAAUGUGGGUGUGCUUUAGUAAUAAUUGUAUGUACAUUUCUGUUUCACUGGAAAAAUAGUUUGAAUUUAAGUAUACUUAUGUGAUCAUAUUACCAGGAGUGAAUUUAAAUCAUAGGAGAGGGCGAUAUGAGGAUGUACUGUACACCAUGAGACAAUAUAAAGUAUCAAAGAUUAGGUUUUAUCAUGUUGUCUAUACAGCAGAUGUUAUCUCUUUAAUAUGACUGAGGCCAGUGUGGACUAAAUCAAUGAGCAGAACUUCUUUAUGUCAGUGCACAAAA